UUGAUUUGCCAACUCGUAUCCGUUCCGUUUGCUUCGCGCAUCGCGAUUGCGAUUUCGCGUCUGGUGGUUCCCGAUAUACCCAUGAUCGACGAGCGUCUGAUGAUUCCUGAUACCUAGGAACGACGAGAUUUUUCCCUGAUAUGUUUGUGCGAAAGUAGUAGUAUCCCAUAAGCGUGUGUGGAACCUAUAGUAAUAUACAGUAUCUUUUUUUAGAGUAGGGUAGGUGGACAGAUUUGGUGCAGAAGAGGAUGUUUCAACCAAAGUAUUCGUCAAUCAUUUUUCUGAAGAUUCCGUUCCAUGUAUUGCCACUCCCAUCACUGUCUCGCUCACAAGUGGGCACAGGACCCAUUUGUCAUUGUCAGGGAAACAUCUACUGACAGAUGAUAAAACGACUGAUGACUAUGCCAUUUCCUCAAUAUACCCCAUCGAAAUUAACACAGAAAAUAGCGCACAUGUGUUACUUCGAAUAAAAUGCACAAGAUUGAUAAAAUGAUUGAUGACGAUACCAAUCCCAUUCCUCCCACUUCCCAAUUAAAAAUUGAUCAGUACGAAGAACAACACGCAAGAUGUUACUUCAAAAAAUGCACAAGAUACCCCCCUUUUGAGCCGGAAGACCCAGGCGCUCGCCAUGAAGGGCGAUCUUCCAGAUCCCGAUGAUCCGACCCCAAAGAUUGUGAAAUUGGUGAGUGUGAUUCCUUCCAAACCACAAAUGAUCCGCACCACUCUUCCCAAAACACAAAUCCCGCACCUGAUUCCCUCAGAUCAUCCCCAAACCCCGGACUUCAUUCCCCAUGAUAUGCGGAGAAGACUGAAAGAUUUGAUCCUAAAAUCUAAGGAUCCCAAAAGGGCGUUGGAGACCUUCAGAUCAAGGACGCCCAGAUCCCUGCUCCAGUAUGGUAAGACAUCGAUGCACCUCCCUGCUAAACCGGAUUCUUCCCCAUCCCCAUCGCCUCCACAAAUCAGCCCACUAGUUCAGCAACCUGCCAUUGAUCAUGAAAUCAUCGCCUUACCGUUAAUUCCGAAAUCUGCGUCUCCAAUCUUUACUCCACCCGCUGAUUUUUUGAUCCUGAUUCCCAAUUUAUCCACGAUGAAAGAGGAACAAAUGACCCAACAGUACACCUGUCUCGAUUCUCUGAACCUGAAUAUCUUACGCCCCAUAUCUAGAAUUUUUGGCACUAAUGUUUACCCGUUGAUUGAUCAGUUGUCGGUGUUUUCCUUUUGCUUUGAUUCCCUUCCUUGCACAUUGUUCAUGGGGAGUAGUAACCACAGAAUGAAAUUGUUCCCCCCUAUAUAUCAGAACCUUUCGCUCUUCUUUGCCGAUCCAUCGCCACUACCACAACCUCACAACCAACAUCUUCUCUCGACCCUGUCUAGCACCAUGGCGGAGAAAGAAGUUCCCCAACACCCGAGCAACCAGAAACACCCUGCCACACCACCACCUCCCGGUUACAUCCUUGCUAAAAAAUCGCUACUAGUGGGCUACUCUGAAUCCUUGGCUCACGAAGGCAAUGGUGCUGGUACUAGCACUGUAGCCUGCGUUUCUGGCCCUGGAUCGGCUAGCUCCGGUCGGCGAAGCGGGAAGGAGCUUCUCCAGGAGCUGGGAACGGAGGAGGAGAAGAAGGCCAUUGUCAUCAACAUGGCCCAGGCUCGGAGGGCAAACCGAGGAAGAUUCCUCGCUGUCGGGGUCUUCCUCUCUGUCAUCGCCAUCACCUCGAAGAACCUCAUCGACUCUAUGCGGAAGGUAUGGCAAAUUCGUGGUUUCAUUGAGACACACCAGCUGGCCGACAGGAGGUUCGUCAUCGAGUUUUCCGAGGAGGGCGACUUCACACACGUCACCAAGGGAGGACCAUGGAGGUAUAAGGAGGAUGCUGUCCUGGUUGAUGUACUGAAGGAGGGAGACGACCCUGAGACGGUACGGUUUACCACUGUCCCUAUAUGGGUCCAAUUCAGGAAAAUUCCUUUUUAUUUAUUAUCCAAAAAGCUUGCUAAGGAACUGGGAGAAAAAAUUGGAGAAUUUAUUUGUAUUGAUAACAAUGCUCGUGGAGAUAUUUGUGAUAAGAUCAUCAGGACCAGAGUUCAUCUCCCCAUUGAUCGAGCUCUCCGUAGAUGGAUCCCCCUCAUCGACGAGAUCGAGAACGAACAAGUUGUGGCCUUUGUCCACUAUGAAAGGCUGCCAACCUUCUGCUACACCUGCGGCUUCAUCGGGCAUAAGUACACGGAGUGCAUGGUCGCCGGCAACACGAGAAAGAAGACGUACAAGGCCGAGCUUGGUGUCAUGCCGAUCCUUCCUGAAGAUGACAGGAAAUGGUUCCUACCCGACACCACGAGCCAUGUACGCCAAGCUCCUUCACUUCCAUGGCGUACUUCGCGCCAUACACCGAGCAAGCAGAACCCAGAGAGGGGGACUACCACCAUCGCCCGCAUCGCGACUGCGGUGGGGAAGCUCUCUGUCAACGACAACCUCAUCAUCGACUUCCCCUCCACCAAGAACACGAUCGACUCCACCAAGGCUACAAGCCCAAGCUCUACGCCCCCGGCGGCCUCUGGAGCCAAACAAGGCACGACAUCUGCAACACCGCCCGAAGGCCUGCAGCAGGUACCAGCAACUCAAGCGGUGGUGACAGCAGGCGCGCAUGCCCCUCCACCACCUGCUGCCAAACAGGGCUCUACAUCAACAAUGCCUACAGCAGGAAGUGAAGGUGGGGGCACUGGUUCCCAAAAGGGUGGAGCAACCUGGAUAAGGUACCACCGUAGGAAAGAGAACGCCAAGAUUGUCGACAACACCACGCGGACAACCCAGGGUUUUCCCCUGGGGGCUUCGCGGCCCAGAGCAAAUGAUGAAGAGGAGGACCAAGUCCAGCAGCCACUGGCGAAGAGGAUCAUCAUGCAGGUACCACCGUUAGAGCAUUGCCUGGGGAAGGAGGGUCUGGAAAAAAUAAGGCAGGAAGAACAUGGACUUACACAACUUGGAGGACAGGAAGAGGAAGUGGAGAACCAGAAGGCCAAGGGGACAAAGGAGAAGAGCUACCAGGACACUGCAGCUAACAGCAAUGGCCUGAACGCCCUUGCAGAACCAGAGGGUGGUGAGGCUAACCUGGCAGUGCAGCUGAAUCAGCAGGAAGAGGUAGCUGAUAACACAGACCAGAUCAAAGAAAAGAAGAAAAAGAUGACAGAAACCAGCCGGAGGUCAGAAGGCAGAAAGCCAGGCGCUAAGGAGUGCGCCAGGCAGAUCAAAUGAGGUUCUUGGCCUGGAACUGCCGGGGUUUGGGCGAUCCCCGGACAGUUCAAGAGUUGAUUCGUCUAGUGCACAAGAAUAAAAUAAAACUUGUUUUCCUUUCUGAAACUCGUCAAUGUAAGGAGGUAGUUGAGGGGCUUAGAUGGAGACUUGGUCUCAAACAUGUAAUCUCUUUUAAGGAAGAUGGCAAGGGUGGGGGAGUUGCUCUUUUCUGGGAUGAGAGCAUUGAGGUAGAUCUCCUGGGUGUAGGCAGUAGAUGUAUUGAUGUAUGCAUCAAGAAUAUGCCUAUUGAAAUAAAGUGGAGGUGCACUUUUGUUUACGGAGAACCUUGUGCAAGCCAGAGGAAAAACAUGUGGGAUUUGCUUAGAAGAAUAAAACCAAAUGCUACUGGCCCAUGGUUGAUGGCAGGUGAUUUCAAUGAAGCUUUGUGGCAGGGAGAACAUUUCUCAAAAUCAAGGAGGAAUGAGAAACAGAUGCUCGAGUUCAGAGAAGUUCUAUCUCACUGUGAUUUACAUGAUCUCGGUUUUGUUGGACUGCCAUGGACCUUUGAUAAUAAACAAAAAGGUGACAGAAAUGUGCGUGUGAGGCUAGACAGGGCGGUGGCAUGCCCAGAGUGGAUGCACUACUUCAAAGACUAUAGAGUGGAGCAUUUGGUAAGUCCCAGGUCAGACCAUUCUCCUCUUCUAAUCAGCUUUAGCGACACUCCAGCAGACAAAUAUCAUAAACCUUGCAGAAGAUAUGAAGCCUUUUGGGAGAGGGAGAACUCCUUGGGUGAAGAAAUUGAGGGCGCUUGGAACGGACAAAGGCCAGCUCAGAAUAUGCAGGAUAUUGGGAAAAAGCUUGAUGGCCUGAUGGAUACUCUCCAAACCUGGAGUAAAAGAACAAUUGGAUCAGUUCCAAGGAAAUUAGAGAAACUCAGAAAAAGGCUUCAAGUCAUAAGUAAGUACCAUGAUGAAUACAGCGUUGAGGAAAAAAGAAGAAUCUCUUUAGAGAUGAAUGAAUUGCUAGCAAAAGAAGAGGUUAUGUGGAAGCAACGUUCCAGAGUGGAUUGGCUAAACUCUGGUGACCAGAAUACUAGCUAUUUUCAUAGGAAAGCUAGUUGGAGGUCAAAGAAAAA